ACUGUGGCAGGAGCCUUCACAUCUCUGUGUGCUGAGGAGCCAUGAAGCCAAGACAGCUGCUGCAGUUGUGUGGCUGGUGCAUUGCUCGAUACUUCAACAGGAAUGUGUGGCAUCUCAACAUAACUCGAAAUGAGGACCGGUUUGUCCUGGUGGAGUUUUUGGUGGCCUUUGCAAGACACUAUUAUGGCAUCCUUACACCCCGGGGGAUAGAAGACCAGCUGUACAGGAGCCUGAUGGUGUGCCUCAGGAACAGAGUCAAUCCUCCAGUGUUUCUCACAGCAAUGUUGGUAUACUGUCCCAAAGUGACAAUAGAUCAGAUUGCUAUGUUGUCCGAACACAGACAGCAUUCUGGUGUGAUGGGCUCAGGACUAUACCUGUCCCAGGAUGAGUGCUGGGGAAUGUUGCAGGUGCUGACAGAGUAUCAGAAGCAGCAGUCUUUGCUCAUGAACCAAGGGAAGGAGAAAGUUACUGAGAACUUCAUGCUGCCAACAACAUGCCUGGUGCUGGAGGGGAUUUAUUUUCACGAUGCAAAUUUUUUGUCACAUCUUCUGGAGAAGAUGCCAAACCUUUGCCACAUAUCUUUGCAGCACAAUGGAACCCAAGGAGUCUUGAGAACUCUUAGUCAACAAUGCAAACAUUUGAAAUCCCUCUGUUUCUUGGAGCCAAGCAUUGAAGCAUCUAUACAGGAAAAGGACAUAUUUUCAGUCUUUUUUGGUAUUUCUUCCACAAGACUUCAGUGCCCAGGAAGUGUACUGAAGAAAUUUACAAGUGACCAAGAUUUCAGGGAAAGUUGUGCAUUUCAAUUCCCAAACUUACGGAAACUUGAUAUUGAUGAAUUGUUUUUUGAUGAAGAUAUAAUACAUGAUAUUUACACAUUGACGCUACUUCUACAACCAAAAUUAAAAUGUUUUGGAAAACACACAGGCCUUACAAAAAGGAUUUUAACAAAUUACAAAAAAAUAUGGAGUAUUAUGAACAACAGACCAGAAAGUGAAGCUACUGUGCAUUUAACUGAAGCUAAAUUUGUAGAUUCUGUGUCUGUAAUAACUGUAAAUACUUCAGUGGAGCUCGAUUACUGGAAAGAAGUAGUACCAAUGUUUGAAAACCUGGCAUCUGUUGAGCUGCAGAAAAGUCUUUGGAGUGAAAAGGAGGUUGCACAGUUUUGCUCAUUGUUUUCCAGUAAAGUAAGAGCAUUUUCUUUAGGGGAGUUGCCACUGAGUGACAUGUCGUGUCUCAGUAAUAUGACCCACCUACGGUUGACACUGAGCAGACACUACUCCUUUGACAAGAUGCACCUGAUCCUGGACAGCUGCCCCAACCUCAAGACGCUGAGCAUCCAUCCAACCUUCUACCAUGAAGAAUCUCGUAGGAACCGUGGUGGCCUGGACCAACUACACCUGGAGCAGAUGAUGGAGGAGGACCUGAAUAUCUUUGAAAGACUCAUGUUUGCUGAGGUAGUAGUCAAUGUACAGCCAGUUUUGCUUGACCAAGAAAGAGCAAUGAAUCAUGAUAACAAUGUAGCAUUAUUUCUUGGGGCAGAGAUUCCAGCUCCUGCUGGUGGCGAGGGAGCUUUACCAAAUGUUAGGCCAGCAUUUAUGUCAAGGAGUGCAUCCAGAAAGGAACUGGUGAAGCACCACAACCUGACAACUCUGCGCAUUGCUUCCCUUUGUGAAGCAGAACAGAAACAGUCAGAGGACUUCCUGCUUGGACUGUUUGAGCGUCUACCUAACUUGCGUAACCUGUGCCUUGGAGUGUGGAUGGGGUCACUGAGUCAGAGGCGGCAAUUCUUGACUUGUACGGCCAACGCACUGGUCAGUGUGGUCACCGAUAAAGAACGUAAAGAACCACUUUUACCACACCUAAGACAGCUUUGCUGUCUUCCAACUGGGAAUGAGAUACAGAUGUGCCAGUCACUUGCAUCCCUGGUGGAGGCACUGCCAUCCCUGCAAACCCUUGUCCUGCCUGUCCUGGACAUGUACAUGCUAGCACGAACCUUCAAGUACUUCCAGCACUCUAGUCUUGACAUUCAAUACAAGUGUGCCACAGACCAGGUGUUCUCAUACUGGGGACCUGAACACUGACAGACCACCUGACUGUUGGAAUUUGGUUUCUGAUAACUGAUUUGUAUUUCUAUUUAUUUAUACUUUCAAUCUUUAUGAUGACAGGUUUCUUGGGAAUUUGAAAUUGGUAAAUUGUCAUGGUCACUUUUGCAUAACAUGAAUCAGUAUGUGAAAGAAAGUACAUGUAAUAAGAUAUGAACUUGUAUUCUAUGGAGCUUUAUAAAACUGCCUGUUUUUGUAUGAAUUACUGUAAAUUAUGAAAAAAAAAGUUUUCAUUAUUUACCUGUAGUUUUACAUGCAUAAAUACAGACACAAGAACCAUGAAAACUAACAUCCUGUGGCAACACUAGCUAAAUUUUCUUUACAUAAAAUUAUGCA